UUCCAGCUCUUUUGUAAGCUGACAUGAAGUAGACAGACCCUUCUGAAGUUUUGUGCAUGCUGUGCUUCUUCCCCCACGCCUUCCUUGCUGUAGCAAGAAAAGCCUUUUCUUUUAACCGGGCUUCCUUUGAAGAAGUGACUCAGGCAGCUUCAUGGCCUCUCAAGAUACUCAAGGACAAAUAAACAAAAUCUUUCAGGAUUAUCUCCCGGGUUCUCCAGACCUUCCUAGUCAAAAUAAACCUGUUGAACCUACAAAAGCCUGGAAACAUGCACCACCUCCUCACAUCUUGCCUCCUGGUCUGGAAUACCUGAGCCAGCUGGACCAGAUAAUCAUUCACCAGCAGGUGGAGCUUCUUGAAGUCAUACUUGGUACGGAGACCCGCAGCAAAUAUGAGAUAAAAAACCGUUUGGGACAAAGAGUUUACUUUGCAAUGGAAGAAAAUGGUUGCUUUGAUCGUAAGUUCUGUUCACCUAUACGGUCUUUCACCAUAAGGAUAACUGAUAACACCGGUCAAGAGGUGAUCACAGUGAAUAGACCCUUGAGAUGUAACAGCUGCUGGUUCCCUUGCUACAUGCAAGAGUUAGAAGUUCAGUCCCCUCCCGGUACAAUAGUCGGCUACGUUGUCCAGAACUGGGACCCUCUGCUGCCUAAAUUCACUAUACUGAAUGAGAGCAAAGAAGAUGUAUUGAAAAUAAUUGGCCCCUAUGCAACGUGCAGCUGUUUUGGAGAUGUAGACUUUGAGGUAAAAACUGUUAAUGAAAUGUCAACAAUUGGCAAGAUUUCCAAAUAUUGGUCUGGGUUUGUAAACAAUGUCUUUACCAAUGCUGCUAACUUUGGGAUCCAGGUUCCUGUAGAUCUUGACGUGAAAAUCAAGGCUAUAAUGAUUGGAGCUUGUUUCCUCAUAGAUUUAAUGUUCUUUGAGAACUCAUUGGAUGGAUUAUAACAAGCAAGAUGACAGAAACAAUAAAAUAUGCAGAAUGUAUUUCAAGCAUGAUCUUCACCAGAGACAGCUUCAACCUGCAAUUGAUUUCUAGCCUUUUGAAGAGAACAGUUUUACUUUGUUUGCUGUUUGAUAUUAAACCUUUGACACAAGAUGUUGGGACUGUUUUACUGUUUGCAAGUUGCCACUGAACUCUCAGUAACUGGGGACGUUCUAAUGGAAACUUGUAGCUGCUUGCCUUCACAUCCAUUAGGGAAAAUUCAGCAUACCAUAGGGUGAGCUUUUCUGAUCAAGCCUGGAAAUACCCAGCCUGGCCCCUGACUAUCAGUACUGAUUCCGUAAAUGGAGGGUAUCCAGUUCAGAUCGAGUCUGAGGGUCUGACUGGCAGGAAAGAGAAAAAGUACCUGCUCUAUGUGCCGGCUCCCACAUCUCCCACUCCUGCAGAAAUCUGUUCAUAGUUGCACAGUUUGGGAGCUCAGUCCUGAACUUUGCUUAGCACUCUGGCCCUGAAGCUUAGCUCUUAAACAUCUGAUUAAUUUUAAGCAUGUCAGAAUUGAGGUUAUUCAUAUGCUUAAAGUUCGGGAUGUACAUAAGUGUAUCAAGGCCAGAGAGCUCAGCAACUUGCAGAAUUGAGCCCUGAGCAACCAAGUGAUUGAGAAGAGGAGCUACGCCAGCAGGAACUCAUCAACUGAUCCUGCAAAACCUUAAUCAAGUGGACAGUCCUGGCUCACUGAGCAGUCCUAUUGCCUUCAUGAACACUGCUUAUGUGAGAUUCCUCACUUGAUUGAAGGUUUAAAGAUCAGGCUCAAUCUGAGGGCGGGGGGAGUGCCACAGAAAAAUGGGUAAUGAGAAAUAAUCUUAGCAUACCACAAGGUGGCAUAUUGUGAGAAUAUUACUGUUUUUUUAAACAGUUCAAAUAGUAGGUUCAUAGCUAGGGCCCUACCAAAUUCACAGCCAUGAAAAACACGACAUGGACCAUGAAAUCUGAUCUCCCGGAAACCAGGUCUCCCCCAUAAAAUCUGGCUAGCGUGGAGGGGGUGGGGUGGGUGCUCCUACCAUACGCCAGGGUCCAGCUGCUAGUCCCAGCCAGGCUGGAAGGCGAUGGGAC